AUGGCGCAGCACUUGGCCCUCUCCAGCGCUGCUGCAGUCCUCGGCUGCGGCAUGUACGGCUACCUGCGGGCAGGUUCAGCAGCUUCUCUUGCAGGAGGAGCUGCUCUUUGCUGCGCGUUUGCCGUCUCGGGCCUCGCCAUUCAGAAAACUGAUCACAUUGGCUUUGCCAGCAUCGCCGCUGCAGCUUCGGGCGCCGCCUGCACCGCCAUAGGCGCGAGGAGGUGGUGUCGGGUGCGCAUGCAGCAGCAGCAAGGCGCGUCCAGGAAAGUGGCUCCUCUACUUCUGCUGACUAUUGGAGUCACGAAUGUUGCAUAUUACUCAAUGAAGGCCUGGGAGUUCCGGGAGAAUCUUUAA